CCGGCCUCGUCCAGAGCAUCCUCUCUCUUGCAAAGCGAAGCAGCGUGGCUGUGGUGCACAGCUGAACCGCAGCGUUCGUCGCCUCCGCCGCGCCGAAGCCUCUGUCGUCUGACCUGUUCCUGUUGGCUGUGGCCUCUCCUUGGCCGUCGCCCACGCGCCUGACGUCACUCUCGCCCCUGCCCGGGCGUGCUCGACUUCCGCAGCGAGGCAAAUCCUCGCAACGCUUCCAUCAUAGACGUUGCACUCUCUCUACACUCUCUCUAUCUCUCUGUCUCCCUCUCUCCCGCCCUUCCGCAACGUUCGAUAUAACUGCGAGCAUGCCACGUCUGUAGACGGCCGACACUGGGCCCGCACAUCGCCGUUCCGCACCCACCUGUCCUGCAGCGCUUUUGCGCAUCAUAUUCGCCAUGACGAGCGCAACCGCGGGCGUGACGCCCAGAAGCCACAGAUCCACCACCACUCCUCACACCUCUCGAACCCCAUACUCCGUCGGCCAGUCCCUUCCCAAUCCCAGAUGCUCUCCUCAGUCAAUGCCACCCGGUGCGCGAUCUCCGAGCCCCAACUACUUCGGCUUGACCCUCGACUCGUCCAAGCACGACCCGCUGUCGUCCGGCGGAGGCCAGCACGCGAGAAAGAAUUGGAGCCCUCCCACGUCCAACGUACGAUCCACGGCGGCCGUGUCGCCACGUAUAAUCCCUCUGGACCAAAACCCGGACUUUGAAGCGUUCAGAAGAGCGUCCGAUGCAAAUGGCUUCAACGCCGUCCGCAUGUCGAGUUUCAGCAUGGGCAUGCCCUCCAACCCGCGCAGGACCAGCAAGACCGGCAGCGUUUCGCACGCCGGGCCGCUCUCGCCUUCGCAGAUCAUGCUCCCGCCGUCGCCCAAGACAGCCGUGUCCAGCCACGACACCAAACUCUCGGAGACGAAGCAAAGAUCACCCAAGCGCUUGCUGUCUUCGCCUUCUCCCAACCUGACCGAUCGACCACGACGAAACUCACCGGCCGGUUUCAACGAGCGCGACGCUGCCCUGGCGCCUCAGGUGGCGCGCUUCGUCGACCAGGAUGACCGAGAUGCAAGACAUUCAAUGCCAUUGGUCGAGUCGGCGCCGCCGAUUCCGACCUUGAUGUACCACCGAGCGGAAACGCUGCCCGUUUCAUUAGACGACCAGGUCGCAGGCGACGUCGGCGACGGUGCGCCGCAGUUGGUGUCUUCCCAGUUUGUUUCCACCCUGCUCGAAAACGAACUCAGCGACACGCUUGUUCUCGACGUUCGCGUGUCCACGCAGUAUGCCAAGUCGAGAAUAAAAGGCGCCCUCAACCUGUGCAUUCCGACCACACUGCUCAAGCGGCCCGCUUACAACACCAACAAGCUGCGGGAGACCUUCACGGUGGAGGAGCAACGGGCCAAGUUCGACAACUGGAGAGACUGCAAGUCCAUUGUCAUCUAUGACGCCAACUCGACCAAGAUGAAGGACGCCGCACCCUGCCUCAAAAUGCUGGAGAAGUUCAAAAACGAAGGCUGGAACGGCGCGUCGUACAUCAUUCGCGGGGGCUUUCUCGAUUUUUCCAGAAAAUUCCCCAGCGCGGUUCUGCACGGUCUCGAGGGUACAUCGGCAACGGCCCCGUCCGGAGCGGGCCUUGCGCCCGUUAUAGGAGGCUGCCCAAUGCCUCAGACGGAUAGCGCUGCGAAUCCGUUUUUCAACAACAUCCGUCAGAACCAGGAUCUCAUCGGCGGGGUGGGGCAAAUACCGUUGCAACGGCCGUCAGGGAUGUCGAGCAGCCAAAAGGAGCACCUGCCACAAUGGAUGAAGCAGGCGAUAAGCUCGUCCAACGAGGGCAAGAUGGUGUCCGACAAGUUCCUCAACAUCGAGAAGAAGGAACAGAAGCGCAUGCAACAAGCAAUGUCGCAAUCAGUCAGCUACGGUACGCCGCUUGGGGAAGAGGGGCGGGUACAACUUGCCGGUCUCGAAAAGGGCGCGAAGAAUCGGUACAACAACAUCUGGCCCUUCGAGCACACGAGGGUCAAGCUCGAGGGCCCGCUCUCCAACAACUGCGACUAUAUCAAUGCAAACUACGUCAAGUCGCAAUGGUCGAACAAGCGAUAUAUCGCCACCCAAGGACCGAUACCAGCUACGUUUGCCGACUUUUGGAGCGUUGUCUGGCAACAAGACGUCCGCGUCAUUGUGAUGCUGACCGCCGAGACGGAGAAUGGACAGCUCAAAGCACACAACUACUGGGCAAGCAAUCAUUACGGCCCGAUCAGCGUUCACCUACACUCGGAACAUCGCGCCUCGUUAGAGCCAUCUAAGAUAAGAGAACACCGUGCACAACGCACGAAGCGGCCAGCAGCACAGCAUCGCAAUUCGACUGGGUCAAGUCAUUCCCCAACUCGUCGCGAUAGCGACAAAAGCGAGAACAUGAGCCCGAACAGCGAAAGGCCUUACGUCAUCGUUCGUAACCUCACCAUCAGCAACAGCGCCGAGCCGUUUGCGCGCAUGCGAGAAGUCACUCAAUUGCAUUACACGGGCUGGCCAGAUUUUGGCGCGCCGGCGCAUCCAACUCACCUGCUCGGUCUUGUCGAGCAGUGCGACGCUGUUGUCCGCGCGUCGGCUGGAGGCAGGAACAUCUUGGAUCCGGCACCUGCUGACGAACGCCCUGUACUCGUCCAUUGCUCUGCCGGCUGCGGUCGAACCGGGACAUUCUGCACAGUCGACUCCGUGCUCGACAUGCUCAAGAGGCAAAUGCGUGACGGCUACCUGCAUAACAAGGGCUACGAAGUGGAUCGAGGUGUUCGUCAGCCCACGCCGAUGGAUGUCGAUCCUCGCAGCAAUCAGGGCUCGUUUUUGUCCAGUCCGACGAAAAGACAAGACGAGCGCUCGUUCUUUGCAAGCGUACCGUCUGGGCGCGAGAUCAAGGGCGACGAGUGGCUACACCGAGAUGAUAUUGAUCUUAUCGAGAAAACCGUUAACGAUUUCAGAUUGCAGCGCCUGAGCAUGGUACAGAGUCUGCGGCAAUAUGUGCUAUGCUACGAAAGCGUGCUCGAAUGGCUGGUCGAGCAGCAGUCAUCGGUGUAGUGGUUCCAUGAACAGACGGGAGCUACGAAGUAGUCAUCCGUUUAUUUUUUUUUCUUUUUUCUUUCCGUAGUGUGUAAGAAAUUAGGAGUGCAGCACGUGUUAUAGGGGUACGCGUGGCGUCGGUUUUUCCUGUAUCACUUGGUUGAAUUGGGUGUGGAUGGCACAACGUGGCGCGAGGCCUAUGCAUUUACUCAUGGGGUAGAUGGCGUUUGUUGUUUUUUUUUGGAUUUUCUUUUUCUUUCUUUUUUCCCGUUAUCUUUGGACUCUCUUAAGGUGCAUUUGCCAGGUUAGAGGACAUGCUUUACGCGCGGAAUAUUUUACAUGCAUAAAGGAAUCGGCGAGACGCUUACGCAACUCAGAAACUCAUGAGUAGUAGGGUAUCAAGAGUUCGCUCCUUGGCUGGAGUAACUUCAGAAUAUAUCACGGCCAGAAUUCUAUUCACAGA